GCUCAGCAGAAAAUCGAUCUGUUGGUCUGGACAAAAUUCCAUCAUUGACCAGGUUCAACUAAAGCAGGGGUAAUUUGUCUUUGAAAUCUUAAGAGCCUGAUAAGAUGGUGCUCUUGAGCAUAUAUGUGGUGGGAAGGGGUAUAUAGACAUGUCAACCGCUGAUGCUGAUACUUCUUCAAAGAUUAGUGAGGCCAUUACAUCAAAGGGUGGUUGUUUUGUUGAAGCUCCAGUUUCAGGGAGCAAAAAGCCAACUGGAGAUGGCCAACUAGUAAUUCUAGCAGCUGAGGACAAGGUAAUAUAUAUACUAUUAUUUAGCUGUUUAAUGGAACAACACUCUUAUUAUCUUUGGUUUGCUGCACUACAUGGAGCUUGUGAAAAGCAACAAGCCUUGGAUAAAUAGAGGACAGAAAGACCUACACAGGCGGAUAUUACCUCAAGACAUCUAUAAAUGACCUAAUUAUUUAAAACCUC